GGCUCUCCCGCAGCCCCGUCUCCAGCUCCACCAGCCGCUCCCGCAGGCGCCGCAGCUCCGGGAGGUCCGCGCCUCGGCUGCCGUUCUCCUGCUCGGCCUCCUCGUCCGCCAUCUUCGCACCCCGCUCCGUCGCACAGAAAUGGAUUGCUACGGGAAGUAUGCAGCUCUCACUUUGACCAUCUUGUCUGUAUUUCUGCAUCUUCUUCGUGCUUUCCCAGAUGGAGAGUUUCUCAUGCAGGGUUGUCCCGAGUGCAAGUUAGGGGAGAACAGAUUCUUUUCCAAGCCAGGAGCUCCUGUUUACCAGUGUACUGGGUGCUGCUUCUCCCGGGCUUAUCCCACUCCGAUGAGAUCCAAGAAGACCAUGCUUGUUCCAAAGAACAUUACUUCAGAAGCAACCUGCUGCGUAGCAAAGGCUUUUACCAAGAUUACCCUUAAGGACAAUGUGAAGAUAGAGAACCAUACAGAUUGUCACUGCAGUACCUGCUACUAUCAUAAAUCCUAAAGCCUGUACCUUUGUUAAUGAUGAAGGAUGACGGUGAAUGGAAUACUUGGUUUUCAGCUUUUAUAGCAGCACUAUGUAAAAUCUUAUGUUUUCUGGUCGAGACACUGA